GCAGUUUUCUCCAUGCCCCCUCGCAAACGGAGCUUUAGCGGUUGCUGGACGUGUCGUGCGCGCAAGAUCAAGUGCGGUCUCGAGAAGCCGGUAUGUGUGCGUUGUGUGAGGGCGAAUCUCACAUGUGCCGGUUACGGUAUCAAGCUCCGCUGGGCAAAACCGCUCGCCAUCUGCGAAGACACGAACGCUCUCAUUAAUGCCACCGAUGGUGUCGACGAGGAAAGCUCUCAACGGCGAAAUGUUGAGUUUGUCGUCUUUCCCCCAGACCAGGUAUACCGCAUGUUUAGCGAGGUGGAUGAGGUUCUUGCCGCCACUACCGACGUUGUAUGGACAGAUGUCCCAUCGCGCAGUGACGGGACAAAAUGGUACCGGGCGGGGCCAUUCGGAGUGUUGAAUAUGAAUCCGCUCAAAAGGCGGAAUGAUGAAUUCGACUCCGACUCGGACGGCAACAUCGAGGACGAGUCGAACAAGAGCUCCGCUUGGAUCCAUCGCGACGUGGUGGCCUCCGCGGAACUCACCGUCAAAGCCAUGAUGGGCCUCAACUACGAGUUCAACCCGGCCACCAGCGACCCUCAGGUCUACUUCAUUGAAAAGCUCUUUCCGAAUUAUUACCGAGCCAUUCCGCUUCACCGGACGUUCUUCACCGACCCCGCGCACGACGAACAGCAACUCCACUUGAAGGCUUCGUACUCAAUGGCGAUUGGGCCGGUCUUCCGUCGACUCGUGAACUUCUUCACCACCUCUGCAGACCUCUUUAUGGUGCUCACAUUUCUGGGAAAUAUCUGGGAGUCGUACGUGUUACCGUUGGUCCACCAAAUUAUCGGCGAGACACUCACGUUCGACAGCCUUGUGGCUACCGAAGACAUGCUUCUUAAGCACUGUCUUCUCAACCAGGUCUUGUGUAUUUCAUCCCUUGCGUAUCUGAAAGUACCGAGCGUGGAAAUAUCCGCGGAUGAGCGGGACUUCUACCUUCGUCUCAGCAUCCGGCUCCGCAACUUGGCAUACAAACAGCUUUCACUGAUAGUCGACGAACCGACAAAAAUAGCAGCCGGGAGUUGGGGACCGGAACGUGACGCCCCGUAUAAGGAGAUGUUGUUGUUGGCGUUGAUGCUCCAGAUACGUUUGGAUAAUCUGUUCGGAAUCUUUGACAACUUCAAUAGGUAUUUUGAACGGCCAGCCAAACCCCUCUCCAAACCCUUCCGCUCGGUUCUCGAUCGCUCGAAGCCUUACACCCUCCCUGACGUAUCCAAAGUCACCCACAGCUCCUACACCCCUUCGAUCGCUGUUAGCUUCACCCACACUAGCUCCGACGCCGAUUCGGACUCGGACUCAGACUCCGGCUACCCACAGGUGAUCAUCUCUCUUGACCAGUCGCAUUCCAGCACUCUGAAAACUAUCAUCACCGUUAUACGCGACACUGCCAAACCGCAACUAGUGGAAAUCCCGGCGGAAUACGGAAAGAUACCGCCAACAGUGGACGGAGAGCCCGCCGUUAACCUCAUGUACGGAAUCCCAGCGUCGCUUAUGGUGCUACUCAGCCGAAUCACCAAUGUGGCGAACCACCGCUACACGUUUGACCGCCGCCGUGUGUUUCCGCGAAACUUCCCCAAGAUCUGCGCCGACAUGGAGGACGAGCUCUUCAACUGGAAACUCAACUGGCGCUUGUACGACCUGGUGUACGAUCCGAAGACGGACCAGCGCGAGAAGAAGUUUAUUCUGGGCUUCCACAAGGCAAUCUAUCACAAUAUUGUGUCGUUCUAUCACGGACUAGUGGUGUUUUUUCUGCGCUUGAUCAAGGACACACCGCCGCGCUUGCUCCAGGAUCACGUCAUGGCGUGUUUAGAUAACAUGGAGAUGUUGCGGGAGCUUGAAAGCGAGACGUGCCAUCUCCAGCCGCUAUUCUGGCAAUAUUUCAUUUGUGGGUGCGAUGCGACGGAUCCGGAGAUCCAGGAUAGGUAUUCGCUGUGGUUUAAGAACUAUGAUAUGUUGACCAAUCAUUGGCGGGCGAAGCAGGUGAUGUUUGAGGUGUGGCAGAGGAGAGGAGAGGGAGAUGAAAAUAUUUGCUGGAUUGAUAUUGUGAAGGACUGGAAUUGGGUGUUGUUCUUUGGGUAGAGAAGCCAAGUGAAGGGAAAUGAUUCCACCGUAAUACAAAAGCCAUCAAGGUCUAAUUUUUUAGUCGAGUUAUACUACAAUUGGCAAUUUCCGAUAAAAGGCU